AUGGGCAACAAAAAAAACCAGAUUGCUCACCUAUCUUGGGCUCAGCACAAAGAAGCAGCUUCAGCAGUCCAAUGGACAGAAGAAACAGAAGGCUUGAAGACAAGAUUGUCCAGACCUGUACAGCUAAAGCAGGUGGCAGAUGGUGAACUGAUGACAAAAAUGAAUGAGCAAAGUCAACCAAAACCCCAGCCACUUACCAGAUGCAGCAAAGUCAAGGAGAUGGUUGUGGACAUGGCAGGACUACCAGUGGGAGAGACUGGGGAUGAUCCAUGCAUGCUUGCACAGUUGACACAGUCCACCAAUGUGGACAUUUGUGCAACAACAAAUGCUGUGACAGCUCAGUCAUACACUCUUCCAUCUGAUCUUGUCACUCCUGGCUGGAAUAACAGCACCACAUGGAGCAAAGUAGCCAGCUCUACUCCAAUCACUAACACAACAAAUCAGCCAGUCGACUUCAACAACACAAGCCUCAUCCUUCUGUCAGGAGUAGAUAAUCUUCAAGCUCUGAUCAAGGAUUUACACAAGCAAGGUGUUGUCACUUGUGAUCAGGUUGAGAACAGCAUCACAUCAGAGCCAACUUCCUUAGUCCUGGCAACAGACCCAUUGCCUGAGAAGUAUCACACCUUGAAGCAGAAGGCAAGACAGUCAGAGUCGAGCAAAUCUUCCCAUGAUGAUCUCACUCAAGAGAUGUUCAAUGAAACAAGGGACUCGGCAUACUUGGAGGGCAUUGAGAAUGAGGCUGAGGAGGAGGAGGAGGAGGAGGAGGAGGAAGACAAGUCUGGCAAGUCUGCUUUGGGAUCAGCUGCACAAAUAUUCCAGCUCCCUGCUGAUAAGGGGUUCAAGGCCUUGCAGAAUGCUGUUGGCAAACUCCUUGAUCUUUUUCCCAAUAUGCUUAGCCUUGCAUACAUUCUCUCAACAUCCCAUGUGAAAGAGAUUCCUGUCCUUCUUGAAUCAGCAAGCACUUUCAUCAAGAUGGUACAACAAUGGUGGUGCAGUACACACAAGGAAGAAACAAAGGCUGAACAAACUUACACAUGUCUUGAAGGCACCUGGAAGAAACAGUGUCACAGGGCUGCAGAGCUGGGUGCCAAGGCACCCAACAAGCCCAAGAGGCCAGCUCCCAUUACAGUCUACAUCAUUCUUUCCAACACUUCCAGCAUAGCCCAAGAUGAUAAGAGCAAGGACAAAGUCAAGGGGAAGGGGAAAGGAAAGGUGUUGUUAUUAGCCUUUCACACAUACCUCCCAUUGACCGCAAGCUUGUGGAACCAAAAGAAGUCCAACUCUCCUUGCGCAAGUCUUGAAGAGCAAGGAAAGGGAUUAUCCAGGAAAGUGCCCAAUGUUACUGAAAUAGAACCCCCAGGCAACAUCAUGGACAAAUGGAUAACCAUGAGUGGAAGUUGUCAAUCUGAAGGGCCCCUUUGCCAAGCCACUUGCCCAUCAAAAUGCCAGGCUGUGGAGCAAGCAGUUGCUUCACCAGGUUCUCAGCAGUUCUAUUCCCACAUACCCAUGCAGCCUCUAUCUCCUCCUUGGGCAGGACCUAUGUGGGCCCCCCCUAGUGGGUUUCAACCCUUUGCUUUCCCUAUGGAACCCACUGGAAUUGAGGAUGGAAUUGACAUCUUGAUUCCAUCCCCUCUGCUCAGGCAGUGGUUGGAGAAGUCCAUGGAUGGUAAUCCCCAGCAGAACUCAGAUCAGCAUAACUUUUCUCAAUACUUGGAUGCCUUCAUCAAAGCUGGUUUGUAUUGCCUGGGUGAGCUGGUGGCAGUAGGAAGCGUGGACAAACUCCUUGACACCUACCACUCAAGUGAACCCAAGGAGAGGAUGUUGCAUGGCACAGCAGUGGUGCUCCUCAACUAUGCCAGAGUGGACUUCAAACAGCUUCACCAUCAAGCAAGAUGA